GGGACGGGGGAGGCCGCAGCGCUGCGGUUCGGGCCGGAGGAGCCGCCAGCGCCGGGCGGGCCCUGCCGGGGGGACCGUCCCGACCGCGGCCCGCAGCCCGGGCCUGGCGUGCGGCGCUCGGGUCACCCCUGGGAGCCUGCGCGGAGACGAGGUGGUUGUGUCGUGUGCCCCGAGCUGGAGGAGGAGGGAUGAGUAAGAGCAAGGACGAUGCUCCCCAUGAGCUGGAGAGCCAGUUCGUGCUGCGGCUGCCGCCGGAAUAUGCCUCCACUGUCCGGCGAGCGGUACAGUCCGGGAACGUCAACUUGAAGGACAGGCUCACCAUCGAGCUGCAUGCGGACGGGCGCCAUGGGAUCGUACGCGUUGACCGGGUGCCCCUGGCAGCCAAGCUGGUGGAUCUGCCCUGCAUCAUCGAGAGCUUGAAAACCAUUGACAAGAAAACCUUCUAUAAGACAGCAGAUAUUUGCCAGAUGCUUGUUUGCACUGUGGAUGGUGAUCUCUACCCACCUUUGGAAGAGCAAACUGUGAGUACUGACCCAAAGGCAAACAAGAAGAAGGACAAGGACAGAGAGAAGAAAUUCAUCUGGAACCAUGGCAUCACUCUUCCCCUGAAAAAUGUACGGAAGAGACGAUUCCGGAAGACAGCCAAGAAGAAGUAUAUCGAGUCUCCUGAUGUGGAAAAGGAGGUGAAGCGUCUCCUGAGCACAGAUGCAGAAGCUGUCAGUGUCCGCUGGGAAGUCAUUGCUGAAGAUGAAACAAAAGAAGUGGACAACCAUGGUUCACUCACCAGCCUGGACAUUUCCUCCCCAGGGAUGUCAGGACACAAGCAAGGCCAUGGCUCCUCAGAACAUGAUGAACUGCGGGAGAUAUUUAAUGACAUCAGCAGCAGCAGUGAAGAUGAAGAUGAGAGGGAUCAUCAUGAUGAUGAAGACCUGAAUAUCAUGGACACAGAGGAGGACUUGGAGAGGCAGCUGCAGGACAAACUGAAUGAAUCUGAUGGGCAGCAACAGGAGAAUGAGGGGUCCAACCAGAUAGGUGAGUGGGUGGCAGAGCACAGCAGAAUCACUGGGGUGCUGGGCAGGCUGCACUGCCCAGCUCUGCUGCUGCUCUGGGGUCUGACCUCACUCUCCCUUCCAGUCAUGGGGAUCCAGAAACAGAUUGACAACCUGAAAAGUAAACUCCAGGAGACCCAGGACAGGAGGAAGCGCCAGGAAGAUCUCAUCAUGAAAGUGGAGAACCUAGCCCUCAAGACCCGUCUCCAGGCUGUGCUGGAUGAGUUCAAGCAGCAGGAAGAACGAGAGAAGCAGCAGAUGACGUCCCUGCAGGAGCAGCUGGAGUCCCUCAUGGAGAAGUGAGGAGCAGGCCUGGAUCUUUAUGCCUACCAGCAGACCUGGAAGUGUUGUCUGCCAUGCUCAAGUUUUUGCUCUAGUCACACCCUUUUGCUGCCAGAUGUGCCUCUGGACAGUGCUAGAGGCUCUGUGUCCAGAGCUGCUCUCACAUACUUUGUGCUGAGUGUGGUUGUUGGAGCUAAAGAAUUGGACUCUGCCUGGGACAGCAGCCAAAACCCUGGAUUUACUGUAAAUAUUCAGCACUGUUGUCCCAGAGGGGUUUAGUUCUGCUUGGGACAGGGCAGUGCAGCUUUCUGCAUCUUACUGAGUCUUGGACUUGAUGGGUUGUGGCCUGGUAGGAGCUUGUUCUUGGGUUUGAGGAAUGCUUGUGUCUGCAAACCAGACUCAAUAAAGUACCAUUUCCAAGUC